AUGCCUAGCUCGUAUACAUACGUACAAAUGCCUAUGGACGGACGUGGUGGUCGUGUGGUCUCCGAAUUGUCGCAAAGUCAAGAGCCUGAUCAAAUUUUGUCUAAAAAUUAUUGCCUUGGCAUGAGGUGAAGAAAAGAAGCAUUCAGAAUGGAGACAAUCCAAAACAACGUAGCCCAGAACCUGAUGGCCAUGUUCCCCAUGCGCCCGGUGGAGCUUAUCUUACAGUGUGUCACACACCCCAGAAACACCUACGAGCCUGUUGAUGAAGGAACACUCCUCAAUCGCUGCAUUGAUGAUCUCCUCUCAAGAGAAGACCGAGUAGCUGAUAAUGAUAAAGUUGAUGUCCAGAAGCAGAAGCCUCUCCUCAAUGAGUUUGUGGCCGACGAUAACUUUGAUUUCAUGGUCGAUGAUAUUCCAGAAGGGGAUCCUGUCGUGAUAGAGGACUCAGUGGUUGUUCCUGACCCGGAGGUCAUUCUAGCGUCUGCUCCAAAUCACAAAGACCUUCAAGUCAAGCAAGAUGUGUCCAGGAAAAGUGACAUUGUCAUUGAUCUCACUGAUGAUGGUCCCGUACAAGAAGUGGAACUAGAUGAAGUUGCUAGUACGGAGAAGGAAUCAAAGACCACUGCUGGUAAUAGCAUCGAUGAAACUGAUGGAGGUCUUCUAGGUUUCCUCGGAGUUUCAGUUCAAAACCAUACUUCACCUCAUCUGAAUCAACCCAAAACCAAAUCACCAAGUGAUACACUGCCAGCUGCUGCGCUAACUUCUGGAAAUUCACUACCAUCAGAGACCCUUGUAGAAUCUGUGAGAAAGUCUGAUCCUUUACCCAGGAAUCAAACAGAUUAUGCCUUCCCUGUGGGAACAGGCAGUGUGACUCAGAAUAAAAUGAAGGUACAUGAUAUCCCUGGUUUUCAAUCUAAUUCAAUUGAACAUGGUAUUCAUUCCAAAGAAAAAACUCCUUUUAGUACAGGGAUGUCUUUUCCUUUUAGAGAAUCAGCAGCACCAUCUACAAGCACUAACUCUAGAACUAUGCAGGUUGAGGUUGGAAAGUACCCUGGACAAGAACUGGUAACACAUGAAAUUCCUCUGAAUCAAAGCACAGCAACGUUUGCUACAUCAACUUUGUCAGCUGGUCGAACACUAAAUGCUCAUUCAAGACCUGUUUUCAUUAACGGACCUGUCGGCUUGAAGAGUGUGAAUGAUAAGGUUGUGAUUCAAGUUGGGAAAAAUGGAAACUAUAUGGUACCAAGUUCGACUCCAAGGGUAUUGACAGUUAGGCAAGAACUUGAAAGGAAGAGAGCAAUUCCUGCAACUCUAAGUAGGGCACCAAGUGACGAAAUGAUAUCAAACAUUCAGCUUCCAUCCGCAGCCAGCUCUUCAAAUCCUUUCACACCAAAGACUGAUGUUAAGGAAGAUAACCCUACAACAUUUGUGGUCAGAAGUGCCAAUGCUGUUAAUGGCGUGAAGAAUGCCAGUUCUACAAUAAGUGUUGGAAGUACUGGUAUUCCUAUUAAAGUCCAAACUCCUAAUGGCAUCAAGGUGCAUUCCAAACCAGCAACAUUAAGCAGGGCCCCUUCUGGUAAUCUUUUGAGACCAGCAACUACAGGGCUGCAUGCAAACACAAGCGUCAAUUUGUCUACACCAAACUCGCAGAUUGGUUCCAGGCCUGUAGGAGAACAGAUUAGACCUGGAAUACUGAAGCCUGCCACGCUCCUAGGUAGUGGCACAUCUCAAGGAAAGGGGAGGGGUGUGAAAUUGAAUUUACCCCAGUCCAACCAAACAGCCAAUCUAAGACCUACCCUAAAUAACAGCUUGGUACAGAACCUAUUGCUUGUAUCGUCAAGUUCUUCUACUCCUACCCAAGGAAUGGUGAAACAAAGCAAUGCCCAGUUUGCACCUGGCACCACCAGGAAACCUAUUCCUAUUCUUUUUAAGAGUACAAUCAAUGGAAACGUUCCACACAAUAGUGCCUUUAAUGUCGUAAGACAAAGACCAGUAGUGUCUGUUCCACAAACUACAGCUCAUUCGCAGGUACAAACUUACCAAACCGUUGGAAACCUUGGUUUGAAACAGAUCAGUAAAACUUCAGGAGGCGUAAAGGCUGGGCCUUCUAAACAAACAGAUCACCUUCCAGCAAAGAAUCAUGCUGACCCAUAUCAAGAGCGAUUGCAAGAGAGUUUACGUCAGGUCCAGCAGCUGCAGAAUAAGAUAGCUGAAAGACUAAUUAACAUUAAUCGUGCAACUCACCCUGAGCCUCGGUCACCGAUUCACCUACUUCCUCCUAUGGUUCCUCUUCAGCCUCCAAUGCAAGCUCCUCCACCACUGCCAACACCGAUACAGGUAGAUGACCCGGCUGGAGGACUCCUCAACGUAGUGAUCCCAGAGCCUAACCCAGCCUCCAGACCUGCAACAGCAGCACAAGCAAUGGGUCAAACUACACCUGCAACUGAUGGGGAAGGGAUUAAAGCUGCUUCAGUAGAACUUGAAGAAAUGGUGCAAUUAGUGAUGAAGAUGUUUCCCACUGCCGAUGAAACAGUUGUCCGAGGAAUGCUUGCUGAGCACAGAAAUGUCAAUGCAACAUGCAACUUCUUGCUAGAGAAUCCUGAUGUUGCCAAUGCAGUUAUCCCAGCUGCUAACCCAGUAGUAACACCUGAAAAUAAGGAAACUGAAAAGGAAAUUGACUACCUCAGUGUUGAUAAUCGAAGGAGAGGUAUCUUUCCAAAUUAUCACCAGUACAUCACCCAAGGCAUAGAUCUACUUUCAAAUGAUUUUGUCAAGAUCAGCAAGACCAGUCUUCGCCUUGUGAUGAAUUCCCUAAACUAUGGUUCCUAUGUCAAGACCAAGAAGGUCUUAGAUGAUGCUAUCCAUGCAGAUCCCAAUAUCCAGGUGAUGAUGUGUGAUGACACGAAAGGAUCAUUCUUUAAUGUGGAAAAAGACGGUCGUAAAGCUGAGGUUCGGCUGAUGAAAAAAGCUCGCAAACCUCUCCACAUCCUUCCACCUCUACAUCUGGAACUGCAGAAAGAAAUAGACUUCUACAAGAAGCAUAUCAUCAAAGAAACCGCUAAAGCUGAUUUUGAAGUUGCUCUGAAGCUGAAUGAAGACCAGUAUGAACAGGAGGGUCAGAUGAUAGAGUGUGGUUGCUGCUACCUGGAAGUGACCUUUGAGAGUAUGAUCCAGUGCCUUGAGGGACAUCUCUUCUGUCAGACCUGCCUUCAGAGGUAUACCAAGGAAGCAGUGUAUGGCCAGGGUAAAGCCACACUGUCCUGUCUAGAGGAUGGAUGUGACAGCAUCUUUCCAAGAAGUCAACUGGAAAAGACUCUUACCAAGGAGAUUCUUCUGAAGUAUGAUGAGAGGGUUGUAGAGGAAUCUAUCAACAUGGCUGACAUGGACAAUCUCCUACGAUGUCCCAACUGUAACUAUGCUGCCGUCCUAGACAAGGAUCACAAGGUCUUCUCUUGCCCUGAAUGCCACAAGGAAACUUGCCGUAAUUGUAAAGAGCCUUGGAAGGAUCAUUAUGGUCUGGAAUGUGAUCAGGUCAAGAAACAGUCAUCAAUGAGGCUUUCAUAUCAAGAGAGGAUGACUGAAGCCAAAGUGCGGACAUGCUACAAAUGCGGGACAAAGUUCACCAAAUCUGAAGGCUGCAAUAAGAUGACUUGUCGAUGUGGAGCUAAAAUGUGCUACAUCUGCCGUCAACCCAUUAAGGACUACAGUCAUUUUGACAACAGGGCGGCACCUCCAAAUGGUCAAAUGUGGAUGCCAAAACAAGGGGAGAAGUGCCGGCUGUGGACCAACUCAGAUGAGGAUGAUAAUAGAGCUGUAAAGGAGAUUGAGAGACAGAUGAAUGCUGAAGAGAAAGCUAUGAGAGACAGAUCAGCAGCAGACUUGAAGAGACCAAGCAUACCCGGUGUUGAUGACGGAGGUGGCAGUGAUGCCAAGAGACCUAGAACAGGUUGAAAGUAAGAAGAAUAAGAUAAGAGCUUGGACAGCCAAAGAACAUAUGUAACACUCUCAGGUUCAGUUGAGCAAUACAAGAGUUACAGCUCGCUUCAGCAAAGGGUGUGUUCUCUUGACAGUCAGCAUGGGAUCAGGUUGUCUAACUGAAAAUCUACAUCGAGAGGUCCAAAGGUGACAGGAGUUUUGAUGAUUCUAGUGUUUCAUUUGCCCUCAGGAAUAGUCUUCACCUUUAAAAAGUUGGCAUUGGAUCAAGAUGACUACCGAAGCACCUUCAUCUAAGGAAGACGAAAAAGACCAGAGUUUUGACGAAUAGUGUCAUUUUGUUCCAGAAACAAGUGGGCAGCACAGUGAAACUAUUCAAAUUCUUUAAUAAGCAUCUACUUCCAGUGAGGACAGGAGUUUCAUGAGACGAUGCGUGUUGCAGUCCCAGAGAUCAUGUGGAUUCUGUGUGUGUGUGAUGCAUAUUUAGAGAUCAGGGUCCCGUUCCUUAAA